AUGGCGCUCAUCUGGACUACGCUUGUCCUGGAAAUGCGAGCACCAGCCCUUUGUAUUUACAAUGAUGCCGAGUUCACAGAAGAAGACUGGAGAGGAAUUCGGAUGAUUUACAGCAGCGUCAAGGAAGAAGACAGUCUCAAAGUUGGACGAUUUGGACUGGGAUUCAAAUCUGUUUUCCAUAUGACAGACUAUCCGUGUGUUGUAAGUGGCAACACAAUGCUUCUUAUCGAUCCCCUGGGACCUGCAAAUAAGGUUAAUGCAAUAUUUAAUAUUGCUGAACUUAAUGACACUGACGGCAUCGACACGAGCGAUGUUUUGCGUGCACUUGAGGGAAAAUAUGAAUUUAAUAAUUCCGUUGUUGAGAAGGGGGGAUACUUUCGCGGAACAAUGUUCUGGUUUCCUCUUAGAGAAAAAGCUUCGCCCAUUUCAGAUGAUGUUUAUGAUGUCGGUAAAGUCGAAAAGUUGUUUGGUAGUCUUAGUUCUGAAUCAUCAAGCAUUCUUAUCUUCCUUAAAUCACUCGUGUGUUUACACCUGUUAAAAAUAUCACAGUCAGGAAAAGAAGAAUACGUUUUACGAGUACAAAUUCAAAAUGAGAAAGAAAUUCAGACAAGAAGACAGUCGUUUUUCUCUUGUACAAAGAGUGCAUCGUCUAAGCAGGAUGUGGCAAGCAUUUUCAAAAUGACGAUUAAGGAAGAAUCAACUACUAGGCCUGUGCAGUUAACACAGUGGCUUGUUGUAAACUAUUACAUAGUGCAUAAUGCGUCAAAUGAUUUCAAGAGGCUUAUUAAGAACCCGAAGUUAGGUUUAAGUCCAUGUGUAGGGGUCGCUGCGAAGAUUGAGCCAUUCACUGCGGUUGAAGGACACAUAUUUUGCUUUUUACCUCUUCCAAAAGAAGGAACGAAACUUACAGGCUUACCAUUUCAUGUCAAUGGUUUCUUUGCACUUAACCAGAACAGACACCAUUUGAAGUGGGCAACCGACGAUCAGGAUCACCAAUACGUGAGUGAGGAGAUUCUUUGGAAUGAGAAACUUUUGACUGAGGCACUGCCUUUAGCAUUCCAGAAGGCCCUCGAUACAUCCAUGAGCAAUGCGGUGACGUAUGGAAACAAGGCGUCUUUGGUCGAAGGAGUUUAUUUGUGGAUUCCCAAUUUGGAAACAGUUCUUGAUAAAUGGAAACUUUUUUUUAUGACCGCAUUACAGUUGUUUGAGGACAAAAAUAUUGUGUUUUGUGAACACUUUAAUACUUGGAAACGUGUUUCGGAUGCGUUUUUUACCACGUUUUCAAACCUUCCUCACAAAUUAGAGUUUGUUACGGCAGCAGUGCGAAAGGCAAUCGGUUCUUGCGGGCAAAGCCCAGUUGUGGUACCAGAACACAUUUUUCUUACAUUGAAUUUGUUGUUUGGACACCAAAUUAAUGACAUAUCGCCAUUUAAUUUGGCUGUUAUCUUGAGGAACAAUUCGAAUUACAAAUUCAUGACUGAUAAAGAAAAACAAGCUCUCGCUGUGUAUCUUACAAGUGAAGGAAACAGUCAUACAUUGGAAGGUCUUGAUCUGUUAUUGUUGGCGUCGGGAGAAUGGGACACCUUCAAACAUAAUGGUAGUACAAAAUACAUUUGUUCUGUGAGUGAAGUAGACAUGUUUCCGGGAAGUGAAAGAAUGUUCAUCAUUCCGUAUGCAAGACUGGAUCAAUGUACAAAGGAAGCAAUGCACCUCAUAUGCGAACAAAAGCACUACCCAAUUCGGGAUUUAGAUGACGCCAUUUUGAAACAAUUGCUGCUAAGAACGCUCCAGUCACAUUUGGGACCAUCAUUGAUUAUGACUGAGAGGUCAAAUCUGACCAUAAACUGGCUUGGACUUGUUUGGUUGUCUAUAUCUAACCGUGGAAUCCAGCAAGGCGAGGACUCUGGGAGGAAGGUUAUCGUAUGGAAUGGAAUAGGUUUCUUCUUUCCACCGUUGUCACUGAAGCUACGAUAA